CGUCGCCAUCUAUCGUUGUCACUCGCCACUUUUCGCCACGCCGACUGAAAAGUGUUCUUUUCCUCCCACGAACCUCGCGCGGCUGACGUCGUUGCUUUUCUCACUCUGCCGCGACAUCGGAGCUUCCGAAUCUUGUUCGACUCUUUAACCUUUGGUCCCGCCACCGCCUGGUCUCGAUACGUCGCGCGCCGACUUGAUGUUGGCAGCCAGCACCCCCAACGUCUGACCCUCCGGAGGCUGUGACCUCACCACCGCGUCGCCCACCAUGUCCGAAAACGACGCCUCCGUCCGUCGCAUCCUGCCCCAGAACUCGCAGAUGAAUUCCUUUAGCUUUGCGCCGCAGCAGUAUGCUCAGCGCGAGACACAGAAGAACUAUGUCUUUGUCGACGAGCACAACCGUCACAAGCGGUUGAAGGUUAUGAGAGCCUGCGAGGGCUGCCGGAGACGGAAGAUCAAAUGCGACGCUGCGACGACCAACACAUGGCCAUGCUCCGCCUGCAUCAGACUCAAGCUGCAUUGCGUGCGCCCAAAUGGCUACGACGGUGCCACUGACUCGACGACUUAUGACCAGCCCCAGAUGAACCCCUCCGAUCACUUCCAGCAGAUGUCCAUGCAGCAGCAGGUCAUGCACACGGCCAACAAGUCGCCUGGCUCCUCCAUGUACGCAGCGCAGCAAUAUCCCGACGCAAACGCCGGCGCAUACCAGACAGUUCCCUAUGAUGCGAAUCAGCAGCAAGGCGGCAUGUCAUAUGCCAAUGUACAGCCUCCAGUGAACAUGAUUGAUCACUCGUAUGCUGCUCAGAAUGUAUUUCCCACCCCGCCGAUGCAGCACCCGCACUCGCAUCGCCAGGAAUCCUCCCCGGAAGCAUAUUCUUCCCCCGGCGAUUAUCAACAUCAAGACCUCGCCGACUUACUCGGGACUCUGAAGGUGAAUGAGGCAGGAACAGCGCCAUAUUUGAGGAAUAAGGCAUCUUUCCGACGUGGGGAAGAGCCAGUUAUUGAGGAAUCAGAUGACUACAAAAGCGCGUUGCCGCCGAUGAUGCCUGCUCCCGGUCUAAAGAUUCGUAUUCCUCCGGAGUUGAUGCCCGAUGACGAAACGGCACUCCAUUAUUUCGACCUUUACUUUACCCACGUUCACGCCUAUGUCCCAGUUCUGUGCAAAACAAUAUUCUAUCAACAAUGGAAUACAGACAGGGAAUCGAUAUCUCCCUUGAUUCUCGAAGCUUUGUUUGCCAUCGGUGGCCGGCUGGCCGAGGACCCAACUGAGGGCCAGCAGUGGCUCGCCCUUGCUACGAGACACGCGGAUUCGUUCAUGGAUGUUCCGCGAUUGAGCACUCUCCAAGCUCUGUUGAUGAUUCUCAAGGCGCGAGAGGCAGCCCCGAAGCGAGGAUACUACUACCGUUCUUGGAUGACCGUUGUGCAAUGCGUUCAGAUUGGCAAGGAUCUGGAGCUGGAUGAGCAUUACGAAGACCACCAAGCAGGCAAACCUUGCGAGUUCAACUCGGAAGAGUGCCUUCUCAGGACUCGGAUCUGGCAAGUCGUCUUUACUUGCGAGGUCAUGGUUGGAACUCCCCAAGGCCGACACGACCUGUCAGUUCACGCCGACUCGGUCGACUUUAAUGUGCCAAGGCAUCUCCCUGAGUGCGAGGAAAGCGAAUUUCAUGUGUGCCGGCAUUUUACGUACUUUGCUCGAGUGGUACGAGGCGUGUCUAGUAUGAGCAAAGUCUACGCCCGCCUUCGGAAGCGCAAGGAUUGGGGAAUCGACCCUGAAUUCCAGCAGCUGAGCCAGUCAUUCAACUCGUGGCUGACAGAACUGCCCCCCGACCUGGCUAUAACCUUCCCAGCGGAUGGCUCCCCUCCGUGGGUUCCGUCUCACUUCUUGGGCAACAUGCACGCCUACUACUAUCUCACUCUGAUCCUCUUCCACCGGCCACAGUUGUCAUUCUUGGAUCCCAACGCUCCUGAUGGGCAGUGGAAACGCCACAUGAUGAUCUGCUACAACUCUGCCAAGGCGCUCUGUCGUCUACAGGAAGCCACCAUCAACACAUUUGGUCUCACGGGCCUCCAGUGUAUGCAACGUGGCUACAGUUUCGUUGUCUAUGCUGGAUUAUCUUGCAUUGUCAUUCACUUGGUGGCAAUCGUCUCGCCUGACCCGGACUUGAACAACGAUGCUCGAGAGUUUUUUACCCGACACAUGCGGAUCCUAGAGAAAGUAAUGGAUGCCUGGGAGAUGCCCGAGUUGGAGAAGCAGAUCAAUGCUCUCCGGGAAGCCUUCUCGGCUGAUCCGAGAAAGUCCUUUGUGCUGAAACCAACUUUCCCCUACGGAAGCCCUCACCCAUCAACCCAUUCAAGUCCGCCCCAGGUCACUCAGGGAUACCGACCGGCAGUUCAUCGAACGGGAUCCAUGGAUCAAGCCUUGGACACACAUAGCACUCAACAAUCACUCGUUAUGAUGUCGCAAGGAACCCAGGGCCCGGGCAUGGCACAGAGCAUGCCACUUUCGGACCAACCUGGGUGGAACCCUUCGCGAAUUUUUGAACAAUGGAAUACGACAUUUGGUGCACCCGAGGUUUCGACACUCCAGGAUAUCCAAGCAGUCCAUGGUUCCUUACCGACUGGCUCACAGCAGCUUUCUCCGUCGCAGUACUCGGCCGCACCCGUGACGAGCUUUGUGACUCCAGCCAUGUGGCAAGAGUCCGUUGCUAGUGUCUACGAAGGUGGUCUCAAGCGGGCUUGGGACUACGAGGGCGGACCGGUUAUGAAGCGUCAUUGAGGCUAUUAAUUUGACCUCAUAAACUAGCCACAAACUGGGUUGCAGGGCAAUGCCAGGGGAAAGUGGUUGACUCUAACAGCCGUCCAGGCACAACAUGGAUGAGAGAAGGGUGACCGUAUUUUCGGUG